CUUCCGGCUAAGGUAAGGAAGAACAUUGCACCACUAUCGGCACCUUUAAACACUUUUCCCAGGAGCACUUAUGCUUUGCAACCCCGCAAACUUUGGACCCUUACUUGAGUGGAAUAGGGGUACGACCAAAGCCUGAACCCACAUCCUGCUUACAAGCCCCACGUCGGUGUGAGGAGCUGGGGACGUCCAGGCAGGUGAUUCUUGGACCAGGACAAGGUGAUGUUCAGCCUCCCGGGAUGUGGGUUGGGAUUUCCUCCCUGUGUUUAUCUCUGCGGGUGGAGGGGAAGCAGCGAUUUCCACUCCCGCUGCCCGUGUGAGUUCCAACGGGUGCUGAGCACAGACAGCUCACUGCAGGCAUCCGGGGACCGUCCGCACCCCCGCUCGCCCCUUCUCUGCACUCCUCCCACUGCAAAACCGGGACCAAGUCGCUCCAGCCUCUAGUCUCAGCGGUAUCUCCCACCUCCCUGCGGCCUCCAUCUUCCGUGCAGGGGAAGGAAAUUAACAAAUCCCGCCCAGUAAGCGGCGGGCAUAGCUUUGCCUCCUCCCUGACAGAGCACCCGGAAAAGAGCAGGAUGGCUGAUUCAGACACCUACCUGCGGCAGCCCUGGCGCACAGUGCAUGGCAUCCCCAUGGUCAGUGCCUUCGCCCUCAACUGGGAAAAGGUUGACAGUUUCCAGGCCUGCCCUGAGGACAUCGUGGUGGUCACAUUCCCCAAGUCUGGCACCACCUGGGUCAGUGAGAUCGUGGAUAUGGUCCUGAAAGGCGGUGACCCAGAAAAAUGCAAGCAGGAUGACAUUGUGAACCGGGUGCCCAUGAUGGAGUUUGCUGCCCCUGGGAAGAUGGCAGCAGGUAGCAGGGUAGCAGAGGGUGGCACAGAGCAGCUGGAAGCCAUGCCAUCCCCUCGCAUCAUCAAGACCCACAUCCCAGCUCACGUUCUGCCCAAAUCCUUCUGGGAAAAACGCUGCAAGAUGAUCUAUGUGGGGCGCAACGCCAAGGACGUGGCUGUCUCCUACUACCACUUUGACUUGAUGAACAAGUUCCACCCGCACCCAGGGACAUGGGCCCAGUACCUGGAGGAGUUCAUGGCUGGCAGAGUGGCAUAUGGUUCCUGGUACAACCAUGUCAAGGGCUACUGGGAGCGCAGGAAGGAUCACCCCAUCCUCUACCUCUUCUACGAGGAUUUGAAGGAGAACCUCCACCGGGAGAUUGCCAAGGUGGCCCAAUUCCUGGGGCAGAAGCUGUCAGAGGGGGCGGUGGACACCAUUGCCCGCCACACUUCCUUUGAGGCCAUGCGGGACAACCCUGCAACCAACUACAGCAAGGUGCCCUCUGAUCUCAUGGACCACGGCGUGUCCCCCUUCAUGCGCAAAGGCACCACUGGAGACUGGAAGAACCACUUCACCGUGGCCCAGAACGAGCGCUUUGACCAGGACUAUGUGCAGAAGAUGUCAGACACCGACCUGUGCUUCCGCACUCAGAUCUGAGGAGACACCGCCAGACACGCCCAAAAUCUGCCCUGUGCUGUGAUGGCACUGCUGCCAUUCCUUCUUCUCCCCUGGGACUUCUGGAGAGAAAUAAAAUGUGCUCCCUGA